GGAAUAAUGUAAACAAACAAAGCGAAAAAAACUAUCAGAAUUUCGUUUUAGAAUGCAGGAAGCUUUACAACAUGUUAACUGUUGUCAAACAGCAUUUUUAAUGGAAAGGACCACUAGUUCUAGUUUAUUCUCAGCAUUGGAACUGCUUGAGAUGAACAUAGAAGACCCAUUUGUAAAUUAUGGAAUAGCAGGAGCCCUCAAAGUCUUUAUGACCAACUGUAAAGAAGAGGCCACAAUGAAAUCUUUCUCUUUACAACUAGUGGUGAAACUAACAGCUGAUCAACCAUCCUGGAUGAAACUUAGAAUCCUCACAUGUCUGAAUGGGGCAUUGUCAAGUAAAACAUUUGUAGAGAUUGGCCAAAACAACAUUCUGUUGGAUCAUAUAACAGAAAAAUGGAAUUGUAUUAUGACAUGUAUAACUAAUUUUGAUUUAGAACUAAGAAAUGGCAAACUUGGACAAAAAGAAUUGUGUUUAUAUGAAUUUAUAAGGCUUUCAAAAAAAGUUGUAAAGCUGAUUUUAAAAAGCAAGAAACUGGAAAAAAAUUAUAGUUUAAAAGAGAUUGUUAAUUUUUCAAAUCUAUGGAAUCUAAUGUUGAAAUGUAAAGUGCCAGUAUUUACAAAAAGUGUUUUAAAAUUAUUAAAUAGUUUAUUUCCAUAUGGAGAUUUGUCUUCCUUGUCGUUGGAUAUAAAUGUGGUGAUUAAAGAGACUGCUGAGAGCAUAAUCACUUUUUUUUAUCAACAUGGAUUUAAUGUCAUUCCACUAGGACAUGGUUGUGGCUUCACAGGAAUUUCUGGGAGAGAAAAUUCAACAGAACUACAAUUAGUGAUAUUAUUGACUUUAAAAAGCAUAGCCAUUAUUCUGUCAUGGAAACACUCUGCAGUAGCAGGCAAUAUUAUUUCAGCUGAUGUUUGUUUGAAGUGUCUUUUUAAGUUAGACUUGUUUGUAAAGAUAUUUAAAAGUCCAAGUGAAAAGAAACCGACACAUGAUUGGGUUUGUGAGAUGUUUGAAGACCAGGAUGACCUAUGGAUUGAAUCACUUGUGGCAUUACUAGAUAUAUAUAAUCAAGUUGUUCUGUUCAGAGAGAUUGAUUCACUCCCAACAGCACUACAGAUUAUGAUUAACCCACAUCGACAGUUCCUGUUAUUCAUAAAAGCUACAGAUUUUGAUGAAUCAGUUGUAAUUGAUUUACUAACAUCACCUGAAACUUGUUUUCUUCUUUAUUUUAAUCGUUAUCUUAAAUUUAUGUGUAAGGAAUGGAGUUGGUUAAUAUCAACAGUUAAGCAAAUGACUUUGGAGCAGGAAGAAAAUGAUUUGAAUUCAGAUAAGUUUGCAAAAGGUAAUAAUCAAUCAAAUAAACUGUGUAGUAUGACCUCUGAUCAUGAAGUAAGAAAGCAGGAUGCUGUAGAACAUGACAUUUGUGUCAAAUCAUGUGGUUUAACAUUGGUUGGACUAUAUGAUUCCGAUAGUAGUGAGGAAGUUAUCUCCCCUUGUGAUCAAACGGGAACAAGCAAUGAUUGCAUUAAUGAAUUGUCUGGUAUCAAUUCAAAUUACAGCAGUUGUGAAACAGUGGACUGUCUUCAAGAGAAUAAUGAUAAACUUGUCUCUUAUGAGGGUAAUCUUGCCACAACCAAUUUUCUUGAAACAGUAAUUUCUUUGAAUAGUUCUGUGAAUAGUAAGAAAGUGAACGAUUUACAAUUCUCUCAUUCAAUAUGUAAAAGAUGUAAAAUUGUUGAUCAACAAAAUACUUCAGAUUCUGGCUUAGAUGUAAAAUGUAUUUGUAAUGUCAUGAAAACAGACAAAGUUUCUGGUAGUGGUGAGAUGUUAGAUUUAUUGAUGUCUUGUAUUGUAAGAGUAAGAAUGAAAGUUAGUAAAUUAUGGGACUCUGAUUUAUUUCCAUAUAAUCCAAAGCCUUUGUUGGCAAAUAUAAGGAAAACUGAAGAAUUAUUUGAAACUAAUUAUAAAUAAGAAAAAUGAAAUAAAGAAAACAUAUUUUCAAUUUACAAUUCAAAAAGAAACAUUAAAUAGGCAAAGUUUGGUUGUAGUUUUUCUUCUUUUUAAAAUAUACAUUUACAUGUUCAACAGUUGUCAUGUCAUGUCAUAUAAAAAGUCUUUUUGGUAUAUGAGGUAUUGACUUCUUAUUAUUCUCUGGAUAUUAUAAAAAGAAAAAAAAAGACGUUUUUAGCUACUUUAAUAAAGUGUCCUUCAUUCAUCAAAUCAAUAUCUGACUUUGAAAAAUAAAAGCUUUUUUCUACAACACAUGGUCCAGUUAAAAUUUGUCUUGAUUUAUUCAAGUAAAGUCUUCUUACAAAGAUGUGCCAAACAACCCAUUCACAGAAAACAUUGCUGCCUGUACUAUACAUUAAAAAGUUUGCAAAAAUGAAGGGAAAUCCAACCUUGGAGAAUUGAUAUUUUUAUGAUUCUAUCGAGAAUUAUUUACAGUUAAUGUCCUUAAUGUGAUUGUCAAUAAACAUGAUGUUCACUAAUACUCAAAAUAUUAAGAAAAAAGUCUAUGAAAAUGUCUUAAAAAUCUAGUGAACCACUUAUCAUGCCUAUUACAUUUACUACCAUCAAUGUCAACAAUUGGAGAACAGAUAUAUUUGACUAAAAUUGUUAUCCUAUUCAGAAUGUUAUUGCAAACAUAUGUAAAGAAAAUACAACUAAUAAAUCUGAAAAUCUUG